AUGGGGAUUAGCAAAGCCGCUUUUCUCUUUCUUUUCUUGCUCGGCUCAGUGAAAGGAGAUAUACUGGAUGGCUAUUUAAGAACAGAUGGUGUUUGGAUACUUACUCGAAAUAAGCAGUUUUACAAGACAAAUAAUGAAAAAGAAUGUGCAGAGAAAUGUGAAGCAGAAGGAAAUUUUAAUUGCAGGGCCUUCCUAUUCACCAGGAAAAAGCUACAGUGUUUAACACUGGCUGAAAAUACCAAAAUGACAGUGACAUUCAACAGCACAGAUGCAGUUCUUUUUGAGAAGAAAAUUUACCUUCUACAAUGUAAAAAAGGGAGUGGGAAAGACUACAGAGGAACAGAAGCUAAAACUUGGAGGGGUAUUCCGUGCCAGAUGUGGGCAGAAAAAACACCACACAAUCCAAAUUAUACUCCUGAAAAACACCCCAAAGCAGGGUUGGAUAGAAACUACUGCAGGAAUCCUGAUGGGGAUGAAAAUGGACCCUGGUGUUACACAACAGAUCCCGCUACCAGAUUUGAUUACUGUAACAUCCCAGAGUGUGAGGGCCAGGUCACGCACACUGGAGAAGCCCCAAUAGUGGAGUGCAUGCGAUGUAAUGGUGAAGAUUAUCAUGGAGAAGUUUCCAGAACAGAGUCUGGGCUUGAAUGCCAGCGCUGGGAUGCCCAAGAGCCUCAUAUGCAUGGAUUUACCCUGAAACACUUUCCAGAGAAGGAUCUGAAGAUGAACUACUGCCGUAAUCCUGAUGGUGAACUUCGGCCCUGGUGUUUCACUACCAGCCCGACUAAACGCUGGGAAUAUUGCAACAUUCCUCGUUGCACUACACACCCCCCAGUCUCUGGCCUGGGCUCCCAGUGUCUUUCAGGGAAAGGAGAAGGCUAUCGAGGCAGGAUAGCCAUCACUGAAUCGGGAAAUGCCUGCCAACGCUGGAACACGCAGUUUCCUCACAAACAUGGCUGGAUUCCUGAUAGAUAUCCCUGCAAGGGCUUAGAAGAAAACUACUGCAGAAACCCCAAUGGAGAAAAGAGACCUUGGUGCUACACUACCACCAGCAGCGUUCGGUGGGAAUAUUGUGCAAUUCCCCUCUGUGAUGAGACAGAACAAGGGAUUGUUGAUGUGACUAUGACAGCUGCUGUCCUCAUAGAGGAGUGCUACCGAGGCAAAGGCCAGAGUUAUCGUGGCACAACUUCCAUUACUGCAUCAGGAAAAAAAUGCCAGGCCUGGAACUCCAUGUUCCCACACAGGCAUGAAAAAACCCCGGACAGAUUCCCAGAUGCUGAUCUGAGGGACAACUAUUGUAGAAACCCAGAUGGUGAUAACAGCCCAUGGUGUUUCACCACCGACCCCAGCGUGACAUGGGAGUACUGCAACCUCAAGAGGUGUGAUGAUCAUACACAAGAACACACACCAAAUGACCCCCCUGCAACAACGUCACGAAACAUUGGCCUGACUACACCCAAUGCACCUGACUGCAUUAACGGUGAUGGUAAAGAUUAUCGUGGGACAGUGGCAAAAACUGCAAGGGGCAGAACUUGUCAAGAGUGGAGUUCUCAGAAACCUCACAGCCACAGACAUUUCACUCCCAUGACUCAUCCAAGAGCAGGCCUGGAUAAAAAUUAUUGCAGGAAUCCUGAUGGAGAUGUAAAUGGUGUUUGGUGCUUCACAACAGACCCAGAAAAAAAAUGGGAGUACUGUGAAAUCCCACGCUGCUCUUCUUCUGAGAAUGAAUGUGGAAAAGUCCUAGUGAGGAGUGAGCGAGGCUGUGAGCAAUACAGCAUGUGCAACGCACCUCCAGGGUCUUGGCCUUGGCACGUCAGUCUCAGGACAAGUACCGCUGAACAUCAUUGUGCUGGCAGUCUGAUACAUCCACAGUGGGUCCUUACUGCAGCUCGCUGCUUGCAAGAGUCAACAGAGACUUCUUCCUACAGGGUUUUUCUUGGAAUACAGAGUCUCAACAUAGCAGAGCCAUCCCUGCAAAUCCAAAGUGUUCAGAAAGUGUUAAAGGAACCAAGUGGAGCAGACAUUGCUUUGAUAAAGUUGAGCAGUCCUGUAGCAAUUACUGACCGUGUUAAACCAGUUUGUUUGCCUGAAACCAAUCUGAUGGUAGGAAGAAACGCAGUAUGUUUUCUAACUGCCUGGGGGAAAACAAGAGGUACCGAUGCGGACAACAGAUUAAAAGACGUUGAAUUCCCUGUGCUUGAAAAUAGAAUAUGUAAUCUCCCUGAAUUCCUGAAUGGAAGUGUCAGGAAUCAUGAAUUUUGUGGUGGGUUUACCUUUGGCAGCAUAGAAAACUGUGAGGCUGAAGCUGGAGGACCUUUGGUCUGCCAAGAUAAGGACAGAUUUGUCCAGUAUGGAGUCACCUCUUGGGGACUGGAUUGUACCCAGCCAUCAAAGCCUGUUUUUGUUCAAAUUCCUCGUUUCAUUUCUUGGAUUAAGAGUGCAAUGGUUGCCCACUGA